CGUGGUGGCAGCGUUCCCCGGGUUUCGUCGCAGACUCGCAGCACUCAUCUAUCAGAUCCCCUCCGCCGUGCGACUGACUGCUCGCCCUCUCGCCGCCGUGUCUGCCCUCUCGCUGCCGUGUCUGCCCUCCCGCCGCCGCCGUGUCUGUCCUCCCGCCGCCGCCGCGUCUGUCCUCCCGCCGCCGUGUCUGUCCUCCCGCCGGCGCCGUGUCUGCCCUCUCUGCCCUCUCUGCCCUCUCUGCGCACGUCGGACAGUCCGCGUCUGCCCUGCGCACAUCGAAGAGCCGCCCGCCUGCCUGCCUCGCCACAUCUGUUGCACCGCUCAUGGGCUCCUCCCCCCCGCCCGCGCAUCCAUGACCGACACCAAGCGCCUGCGCCACUGCUGCGAAUUUCUCUCGGGAAUAUAGCUGCAGCUGCCGGGCUGCCUUCACCUGCACCCCGCGCCCGCCAGGGUCACCGCGGCACGCAUGCCUCCGCCGACUCACAAUGGCCCGCGCACGCCCGAUCGUCGCGCCUCGUCCUACGACAUCCUCAAUGCCUUCCGCAGGCUGACCGGCAGCAAACCGCGCGCCGAGCCGCUCCCUCCGCCCCCGCCCGUGAACCCCGUGCGCGCUCUGUCUGUGAGCUCUCUGCCCCCGUCCUCGAUGGCGAGCGGCCCUUCAGCCGACGAUAGCCUGCAGCGCAUCACCGACGUCGCCGGCGAGAUGAUAAGGCCCGACGUGACAGGCGGGCCGCCGGAGCUGGCCGACCUAAUCGAGCAGCUGCACAAGAGCCGCCCGUUCCUGGAGAGAGCAGAUGCUGUCGAGAAGAUAUGCAGGGUCCUCGACGAGUAUCCCUUGCAGAACAUCCUCGGCCUGUGGUCUGUCGCCAGCGACCUGGUGCUACUCGAGCAGCCGGAUGAAGUUGCCGAAGCAGGGUUCAAGCUCCUGAGGAGCAUCUCACUGGAUCCCAAACUGACGCCUGUCGAGCGCACCAUCAUCUUCGAUGCGGCCGCCUACCGCCGGACCACCCGGUGCUUCCAGUGGCGGCUCGACAUCAUAUCGACGCUCACCAGCUGUGGCAAGAACAUUGCCGCCUGCGAGUCAGCCAUCGUGCCUUUUAUACUCAACGCCCUCGAUGCGUGCUUUGCGGCUAGCCGGGAUGCCUUCAACUCGAACCGAAAGGUCAACGGCAAGCGCAGUGUGGACGCGCCACUGCAGGAGACGGAGAACCUCGGCCGCAUCUUUCACUAUGCUACCGACGUCUGCAAGUUCAACGCCCGAAUCCUCACCGACAGCGACUUGGAGCAGAUCCUCGAACGCGUCAUGCACAUUUGUCAGAAUACUACGCAAGAGAGCGACAUGGAGAACUGCAUAAGGCUCUUCGACACCAUCAUCACCUAUGUCCACGUGCCAAAGGACGUUCUCAAGACUAGUCUCGAGGUGUUGUGCGCAAUCCACAGGCAGAUUGCUAGCCUCGAACAACAGACGUGGAACACGCUGAGCAAUCUCUUCAGAUCGCACAUCGGCCAGGCUGCUAUCCUGUCGCUCCUGCACACUCUCCAGGACGGACCCUCGAUGAAGAAUCGACAGAGCAGCCUGUACAGGGGUGCAAUGCAGGUCCUGCAGAAGUUGAUCAUCGAAGAUGGGCAAGGUGACCUGCCCAAGGUGCCCAUGUCGCUCAUAUUCUCCGCGCUCAAAUCCUCAAUCACGGAGCCGCAUGCAACGCAAGAAAAGUUUGUCAUUGACCUUCUCGACUCGAUACUCUCACAAGAGUCCAUGCGAGAUGCGCUACUCGCUGAAGCGGAUCUGAGCGACAUGCUGGACAUUGUUCGCGUUUGCGCCGAGCGAGACGACCAUCGUCUUCGGGCUGAGAUGAGCGGGAACGGGGACAAGUCGACUACCAGCGACAGGAACACAAGUGCAUCGGCAAAGUCUGUUUUACAAAACGGAAGCUUGAAGAACGACACAUUCAUAUCGCCCGGAGGUCACGACGAUGUCGAUCCACACGCCGACGUUCCAAGUGCACGACCGACCGGGAUUGAAGCCAUUCGGCGUUCAGAAGACGACAGCAUCUUCCAAGUGCUGGUCAAAUUGGAUCAUCUCAGCAGUGCAAUGGACCACAUCCAACAAGAGGGCGUCAUGGAGUUGUUUCUGCACUGUGCUAACCGCCUGAGCGACUCCGUCGCUGAGAAAAUGAUUCAAUACUUCGCAGACGAACGAUUCUUGAACCCGUCCAACAGCGAUUGGCUGGAAUUAUCGCGCACCGUUGCAUCGAAGACGCUGCACGAUGCGACUCGUCCAAACGCUGUCCGGCUGCGUGCAGUCAAGAGCCUGAGAGACGCUCACGAGGCCGUCGAGUUGCUCUGUGCAAACCAAGUAGCCGCCGAAAGCGCUGCUAUAAUACUUGGAAGAAUCGAAGCCGAAGACAACGUCCAGAUUCUCGAGGCUCUCGUAGACUUUGCGGUCGAUCUCGCUGCCAAGGCGCAAUUGGACACCUUUUCCGAGGUCUUGGAUCUGCUGCAGAACAAGUUGGACCAGCCACGGAUGUCAGCGGCACCGUCGUCGCGCUCGUGGACAUCACACACGUUCCUUCCGAAGACCGAGGCUCAGCACGGCUCACACUGUGGCAUCAUAGCUGUCGCCUUUGUACGACUGUUUCUUCGUAGCUUCACCCACGCGGCGCAAAAGACAUGCAUGCUAUACAAUGCCAUACGAGGGCUUGCAGGCAACGACAAGUACGAUAACGAGUCACGCUUGACGGCUCUCAGAUUGCUCUUCAGAUUGCGUGCAGACUCCCGCCACGCCCUUACCGUCAACUCCUCCUCGGAAGGCGAGCGAAUUGCAGCUGAAUUAUGCCGGACUGAAGAGACGGCUGUGGCGAUAGAGAAGUCUGACGGGUCUCUUUCGAGCGACCGCGCCCGGUCCGAGGACGCGGCUUCACGCAAAGUCUCAGGAUCUAGCCCACACGCGUCUCUCCAUAGGCAGACCAGUCGUGCGGCUGCCGCAUCCGGUCGUGUUUCGAAGCCCAUUGCACCGCUAUGGAUGUAUCCUGGACCCAAGGGACUUCCAGAAGAACCCCCAUCUGAACCUAGCCGUGUUGUCUUCUCUCACAUUGAUGCGAGCAAAUAUCCUCUCAGCGCUGAUGUUCAUGACAUGGAGAUCACAUUGUGGCUAGAGCUAUGCAUUUCUUUGCUGCAGAAGCAACAAGACUGGGAAAUCUACAGCUAUGUUCUAGUCCACCUCGGCCCGCAAUUAUCUAAUCAAGCCCUGGUGCGAAGCUGCGUGGUGCAGCUCCAGAUGCUCAGGAAUGUGCUCUGCGAGCAAGUGCGCAACUCCAGCUUCCACGAACCUCCACCGCAUACUCUUCUCAAAAAGGCAGAUGUCGCCGUGUGUCUGUACCACAUCCUGACGGUCAUGAUCAGUUAUCACGAGUACUUCCAAAAGGGCGAAGAGGACGACAUCGUCAAAGCAUUCUUGCAGGGGGUUGUGCAGUGGGACAGAACUUCCAAGUGGUGUAUUCACGCUUUGUCUGUUUGCUGCUUUGAGGUUCCUCUCUCUGUCACUAGUUCGCUCGACACAAUCGUUCAGAAGAUGUCACAGAUUGUGACGAAACCAGCAACGGCGAUUCAUAUCCUCGAAUUUUUGACUAGCUUGGCACGAAUGCCAGAGCUGUAUAAGAACUUCAGAGAGGAAGAUUUCAAGACGGUAUUUGGAGUGUGCUUCCGCUACUUGCAACACAUCAGAGAUCAGCGCAGCCGCGCAGCCCUGCCAAGCCUGUCACAGCGAGGCCACAACUCUUUACGCCACAGCGGGCUCGGCAGAGACAAUAACACAACCGCAGAUGGCGUCUCCAGGAGGGCCCAUUUGGUUGAGGAAGAUCUGCCACACUAUCUGUAUUCCCUCGCGUAUCACGUCAUCACGUUUUGGUUCAUGGCUUUGAGGAUGGAGGACCGUCCCAAGCAGAUCCCUUGGAUCACAAAGAAUCUCUUGACUGUGGACAGCGCUGGCAGGCAGAGCAUGGAAGAGCAAGGGCAGGUUAUUGUCGACAUUAUGAACAUGGUGGCAUACACGGAUCGCGACCACACCGUCCGUAACGAGAACUUCUCGAAGCCUGGCGAUGGCGAAGUUUGGAAGAAGACCUGGAUCGUCAACAACGGGCUCCUCACGAUCGAGACAGCAGCGAGGACAGGGGUCUCCCAAGUGACCUCUCGUCGACCUUGUGGUACCCGCUUCUUCAUCAUGCGGCCAUCGCUCGUUCAGCCCCCGCGUCACCAGGUACCGAUCACCGUCGGACUUGCAGCCGACGUAUUUUACUCCUCGUCUUAUAUUGGCAUACUGCCUGAAGAUAUCUUCCAGAGCUUCUAUGCACCUCUGGAUCUCACAAACACCACCAUUGCCCUUCCAGACGAUGACAUGACGAGACGCGCCAUUGCUACGUUCGACAGAACCGCGACUGUCGAUAGUCACAAAGUAGGAGUCAUCUACAUUGGCGAAGGCCAGACCAAAGAGCGUGACAUUUUCAUGAACGACAUCGGCUCUCCUGCUUACACGUCUUUUGUCACCGGCCUGGGCACAUUGAGUCGUCUAAAGGACGCCAAGUUCAACACCGGAGGCCUCGACACUCGUGGCGACGCCGAUGGGGAGUUCACAUACGUGUGGCGCGACCGGUGCAUGGAGCUGGUCUACCACAUCACCACUAUGAUGCCGACAGAUCCCAACGACGACAUGACAUACCCCAACAAGAAGCGUCACAUCGGCAACGACUUUGUCAACAUCAUCUUCAAUGACUCCGGUCUACCGUACAACUUCGAUACGUUCCCGGGUGCCUUCAACUACGUACACAUCGUCAUCUCACCAGAGUCACGAGCAAGCUUCGUAGAUCGUCGCAUCGACGCCGACCCCGACGGCAAAGACCGCUACUACAAGGUUCAAGUCGUCACGAAACCCGGCUUUCCUGACGUCUCUCCCGCUGCGGAGACAAAGAUACUUGGCGGCAGACACAUAGCCGCCUACUGCCGCCUCAUCGCCAUCAACGCAUGCGUUUUCUCAGAUGUCUGGUUCCAACGCGAAGGCGGCGAGCAAAUCUCAUCAUGGCGCAACCGUCUCCGUGAAAUCAAACGCUUGCGCGAGCGCUACGGAGGCAGCAUCACUGACCAGCAACCUACCUCGAGUCCAGCGUCACCGGGAGGAGGGAGCCAAGGUCUGUCCAGCCCACCGAAUCGAGACCAGAACGGCAUUGCGAGCCCAUUCCAGCGCUCGAGCAUUGCUACUUUCAUCACGGAAGGCACCAGUCGAAGUUCGAUCAGCAGCUCCUCUCACGACUAGUGAUACCACUCUGCACAGUCGCAACAUGAUCAUUAUCACCGGAGUCGGAAAGUCGCAUUUACAUAUACCCCUAUCACUACCACAAAAGUUUGUCGUUUUUCAAAGUCGGUGUUGGUUGCAUCGCACGGUGUUCAGGCGGACAUGGACACAUCAAAAAAAGUUUUGCUUUUGUACGGCAUCCAGAUAGACGAACGUGCAGAGGGUGGCAUGUGUAGUGUGGAAUAAUAACAUACGUCUUAGUCCAGCCGUGUUCAU